AUGCUCCUUCUAGAUUAUCAAAAUGUCCUGAUCCAAUCCCUCCUAACCGAGCGGUUCUCUGGAACCCCCCCAGUAUCCAUUGAUCAAGUUGUUUCCGACUUCGACGGCGUAACUUUCCACCUCUCUACACCCGAAACGAAAUCCAAAAUCCUCAUUUCCAUCUCCGUCAAAUGCUUCCGAGAACUGGUGCAGUACGGGGCACAAAGUGUCCUGGAGAGGGAAUAUGGCCCGUUCAUCGUCUCCCCGGAGCCCGGAUAUGAUUUUUCAAUUCUAGUGGACCUAGAAAAUCUCCCAGCUGAACCGGAGGCUAAGGAAGACUUGGUGAACCGUAUCGCGCUCAUGAAACGAAAUGUGAUGGCUGCCCCAUUUGAGAAAGCGUUUGACGAAUUCGCGAGACUGCAAGAGGAGGCUGCGAGAUUUACCUCUGAAUCAGCGCCCCAGGGUGUAAAGGAAGGUGGAGAGGUUAUGGCGAUCCAUUAUCGGGAGCAGGAGGCAAUAUACAUCAAGGCCAGCCAUGAUAGAGUGACCGUGAUCUUCAGCACAAUUUUCCGAGAUGAGACUGAUAAGAUAUUUGGCAAAGUAUUCUUGCAAGAGUUCGUUGAUGCGAGAAGACGAGCAAUCCAGAAUGCACCUCAAGUGCUUUUCCGCCAUGACCCCCCUCUCGAAAUCCAGGGAAUUCCCGGUGUCAAGGCUUCCGGAGACCACGACUUCGGUUACAUUACUUUUGUCCUCUUCCCUCGACACCUAACUGCUCAACGACGCGGCGAGAAUAUUUCCCACAUCCAAACCUUCCGCGAUUAUUUCCACUACCACAUCAAGGCUUCAAAGGCCUAUAUCCACACAAGAAUGCGGAGACGAACAGCAGACUUCCUGCAAGUUCUCAAUCGCGCCCGGCCGGAGAAUGAGGAACGGGAAAGAAAAACCGCAAGCGGCAGGACAUUCCGAGUGCAGGGUUGA